AAAAAACAGUGCGGGGCCUGUAUCUAACCACAAAUACAAACUUGCCGCGGGAGACGAUAAUACGAGAUAGGCGUCGAUCGUUCACAAGGAGAGAUCUCGCUUUCGCAGAUCGCUCGUAUGGCGUUAGUUCUCAUUUCUUGCGUUGAGAGCAAGUUGAGCAACCGACGGCGCUUCAAUCAGCGAACGAAAUCUCGCUCGCACUCGAUUCAGAUGACGAAGAGAAUGCGAAAAUGUCACGGUGACGCUCACGAUCACUCUCUUCCCCAAACCACUACCAGCCCAACGCUCUUUCCACGCACUCUCCUUCACGCCAACGAUGCAUACCACUGCUCUUACAAUCCUUUCCCUCCUCGGCCUUGUGAGCUCACUUCCCAUUCGGCGAGGCUUAUCUGAGCACCUCGAGUCGGCCUUCUAUGAUCAAGUUCUCGCUCGUUUCUCGCCUGUCGACUUCACCGCUGCUAAAUUUCCGGCCUGGACGCGUGGGCGAUUUCAGCAAAUCCAAGAACAUGAAACAACGCAUGUCGCAUUUCUCUCCACCGCUCUGACGACGGCUGGUGCGAAGGCUGUCGAGCGUUGCGAGUACGAUUUCGGCAUAACCGACGUCGCGUCCGCAGUUUCCCUCAGCGCGUCUCUUGAAUCGGUUGGCUCCGCUGCCUAUACUGGCGCGGCGCAGUACAUCAACGACAAAAACUAUCUUACUGUGGCUGCGAGUAUUCUCGGGAUUGAGAAUCGACAUGCCGCCUGGCUUGCCUCCUCUGCUUUGCACGGAAGCGCUUGGGAUACAUCAUUUCAAACUGCGCUCUCGCCCAGUCAAGUUUACCACAUCGCAUCAAAGUUCAUCAAGUCAUGCCCCUCCUCAAACUCUGCCAUUCUCCCCUCUCUCGCAUCCUUCGCGUCACUGACUGUCUCGAACGCGCAACCGGGCAAGACUGCUACUGUCGACUUUCCUGUGCCUAAGGACUCCACUUCACAACUGUUUGUUGCGUUUAUCUCCGGUGUCGGUGCUCCGGUCUUUUCUCCGGUUCAAAAUGGUCAAGUCCAAGUGCCAAUCAGUCUUGCUCGGACUGGGUCUGUAUAUUGUGUGAUCACGAGAGAUGGAGGCAGGGUCGACGACGACACAAUCGUCGCGGGUCCUGCCAUAGUACAGUUUCCAUUCGGUUCAUGAUGUUGUCAAAAAUAUAAGAAUUUACACUGCAGAGCAAGGGUGGAAAGGACGCGACUACCAGCAAACUCUACAAGUGAGGACUGGGGUUGAUCAAGUUACUCGAAUUCCGAACAACCUUGGAGGAAACUGGGAACCCUCUCACGGGUAUACCACUGAGUAAUCGAGCACCGAUAUCCAAUCGAGCUUGUAUGGGCCGAAUCCAAUUCCGGAGAGUUCAAAACAGAGGGCCGAAGAACAGACAUCGCGUGGGCCGGCGUGCACCGCCUAGAAUGCACUCAACCAGCAGCGAACCACCACGCC